AUGGCGACAAAAUCAUAUCAAUAUCAAAAUUAGGGAAGAAGGGCAUGCACUGAGAUGCCUGACAACUGUGAUGCCAUAGACAUAAACAACAUCCCUGAGGGUCAUGAUAAUAAUGCCAAUCAAAUACCAGUAGGAGAUGAUGUUGAUGACAUUGAUUUCAAGAAUUAUAAGGGAAUAUAUGCUAAUGAUGAUAGCGGCUAGAAAUACUAGUGUCCAGAGACUGGAGCUCACUUUGAAUACAACGAUCUUUGCAAGAGAAUGAUAAAAAUUCAGGAAAAAAGGAAAUAAGAUGAUGAGAAGAUUUACGGAAAGUCAUCUUAAUCUCAGUAAUAAAUUCAUUAAGUGUAUGCCAGUGGAGUCCAGCCUUAAAUAAAUAAUAUUGUUGGGGGUUAAGCAACUAAUGAGAUUUUUUCCAGUUCUAUAAUGUCAGAGAAGCUUGACUAUAAUCACUCGCAUAACAUGUAACCUGGAAACCAAAAAAUGCUAUAGUUUAAGAAUAAAUUUGAAGAGCUCUCACAGCAGUAAAAUAGAAUGAGUAGUUCAGGAGCACCAACAUAAUUAAAAAGUUCUGAUAAUAUAAAUGGGGGUAACUCGAGAAAUAACAAAGAAAACUGUUACAGUUUCCUCUAGUAGAAGAGCAUGAAAGAUUUGACUGGAAGUACUGCUUAGCCUAUUAUUCACAGCACUCAACAUAACAAAAGACAGUCUCAUGAUAGGCCAAAGGCUACAGGAUAAAACAUGAAUGCUAUAGACACCUAUAAUAAAUUAAUGUAAAUAAUGAAUGAUAAAGUAUUGAAAAAUGUUAAUUCUGCUAUUACUGGUUCAAGAGGAAAGUCUGGUGAAAAGUCAACGAAGACAAUUAGCUAGCCGGCUAUAAUGAAUUAAUCUAGUUCCAACAAAAAAAUCAAGACUUUUGCUACCAAUUAAAGUAUUAUUCCAUAAACAUCAAAAAUCUAAGCAAGUUAAAACUCACAUAGUCGAGAAAAAACUAAUUAGCAUUAAUCAAUAACAACAGUAUUGAAAUCUUAGCCAAAGAUAGUUUCAGCUGGGAGUAGCAGAAAUAACAAUGGAAUCUAGGGUCAAAUGAAUACACAGGCUGCAACUAAACAAUUCUUAAGUUUCUAUCAAAAUAUGAAUAACUAAUCAACAACAAACAAAAGACAUGAUUUAUUGUAAAACAACUCUGCUUCUAUAAAUGUUUUGUAAGAUCCAAACUCCUAUCAAUUAAUUAGAGAUUCCAGUAACAAGAAACUUAGCUCUUAAAAAUCUACUGGGUCUAUAAACCAAAAAGGAAAUAUACAAAAAAGCUAGCAAAUAGAUAGCUAAGCAACUAUCAAUGAAUUAAUGACAAAAUAUAUGAAACAGCAGCAGUCAUAAGGAAUUGCAGUAAGUGGAACAGUAGUUUCAAAUGAUAAAAGUAGAAACUCUAACAUUAUCAUGUCAUCAAAAACCUAAACUGAAUCAAUGAUCAAGAAUGGUCCUGGGAACAGUACUACAAAGCAAGCUUCUAGGCCAAUUACAGCAAAUGCUUACAAUAAUUAAGUUUAAGUUCCCACGAGUCAAGUACUAUAGAGUAAAAUACUCGUGAGCUAGCCUAAUUAGAACAAAAGAAAGAGUGGAAGUGGAAUUGAGUAUCAGCAAUCAAGAAACAGUGGCUAGUAUAUGCAUACUCAUUAAACUGUUUAAAAUAUUGCAACUAAUGUUGAAAAUAAUGAUUACUUGAGGAGAGUUGAAUAUUAGAAUGCUUCAAAUGAAGGAUAUACUUCAACUGCCCUUUAAGAUUUGUAAAAGAAGAUUGAAUCGAAGAAUAAAUCGAGAUCUGGAACAGCUGGUGUGGGAGUUAGCCACAAUAGCUAUCAUAUGAAGCAAUAGUAGCACCUUAGCAGCAGUGGUACUGGAAAUGCUUUUGGACAAUAGCAACGAAGCCAAAAUAACAUCAAUAAUUAUUUCUCUGGGAACAACAAUGGCAGACAAUGA